AUGGAAGGUCCUCUGGGUUUGUUGGGUUCUGGUGGCGGUGGCGGUGGUGGAAUAGUGUCUUAUGGUGGCUCAGCUAAUGGGUCGAUGUCUACGGUGUCUAAAGAAGAGAACUUGGUCUUGUCCUGUGAGGUUUCUUCCUCAUACCCAGAUGAGUCUGAGCUUGAGUUGGGUCUUGGCUUGAGUCUUGGUGGUAUUGCGAAGUGCAAAACAGCUACAAGGGGUCAAUAUGCUAGGAUCUUGACGGCCAGAGAUUUUCCUUCUAUGGUCUCCAAGUCUUCACCACCAUCUUCAUCAUCGUCCUCAUCUGUGACCAAAGCUAAUGCUUCUUCAGCUGGUACCAAGAGAACCGCUGAUUCUUUUUCGCCUCCCCGUAAUGGUUCCAGUCAGGUUGUGGGGUGGCCGCCUAUAAGAGCUUAUCGAAUGAAUAGCUUGAAUAUUGUGGUGGAGAAAACUAACAAUGUAAGCAACACAAACAAUGACGAUGCUGAAGGGAGGGGGCAUCCCAAGACUUCCCUGUUUGUGAAGGUGAAUAUGGAUGGAAUUCCGAUUGGAAGGAAGGUGGAUCUGAAUGCUCAUAGCUGCUACGAGACCUUAGCACAAACGUUGCAUGACAUGUUCUGUAAACCAACCACUUCUGUUGGGUCACGACGAUCAAACGUAGAGGAGCAUGACAUAAUGAAAGAAGCAACAGGCCCUGAAAAAUUUUUGGAUGGAUCAUCUGAGUUUGUGCUUACUUAUGAAGACAAGGAUGGAGAUUGGAUGCUUGUUGGUGAUGUUCCUUGGGGGAUGUUUCUUUGCUCUGUGAAGCGGCUCAGAAUCAUGAGGACAUCUGAAGCUAAUGGAUUUGCUCCAAGACUUCAAGAAAGGAAGGGGAGACAAAGACUUCAAUCUUAA